AUGCAUCUAGCAUGGUUGACUGUGUGGCUGGCAUUACACAUUCACUUCACUGCCUCCACUGCACCCACUUGUCAACUGAAAAGUCUUCGUGUAGAAGGGUUGAAAGUGGCAGGGGAUGUCAUAAUUGGAGCUACUUUUCCAGUCCAUGAGAACAAAGUUUUCCCAAACAGGGACUUUACCGAUUACCCAGGCGCUGUUCAGUGUUACAGUUUCAGCUUUCGUUCAUAUCGCUGGCUGCAUGCCAUGAUGUAUGCCAUUGAAGAAAUCAAUGCCAGUCCUACUUUGCUCCCCAAUAUCACCCUGGGCUACAGCAUCUACGACUCCUGUGAUAUCAUUCCACGAGGAAUUGAAGGUGUCUUAUGGAUGGUGUCAGGAACUGACGAGGUAGUUCUUAAUUACCGCUGUUAUGCACAAGCCCCACUUGCUGCAGUCAUUGGAGACAGCGCAUCAUCUGUAUCCAUUCCCAUGACCAACAUACUAGGCAUCUACAACUACCCUCAGAUUCUCCACUAUAUGAAGAAUGUUCACUUCACGACUUGGUCAGGAGAAGAGAUAUAUUUUGAUGAAAACGGAGACCCUCCUGCUCUGUAUGACAUUGUGAACUGGAAACCUACCACCAGUGGAGACAUUCAGUAUUUUAAAGUGGGCAGCUAUGAUUCCAGUGCACCUCCUGGGAAAGAACUUGUCCUGAUAGACAGUACCAUCCUCUGGCCAGGAGAGAAGAAACAGGUCCCACUUUCUGUUUGUAGUGAAAGCUGUCUCCCUGGAUGGCGUAAAGCAACAAGGCAAGGGCAACCUAUUUGCUGCUUUGACUGCAUCCCCUGUUCUGAGGGAGAGAUCUCCAGUCAUAAAGACUCUACCGAAUGUCUACCUUGUCCAGAUGACCAAUGGCCCAAUGAGCGACGUGAUAUUUGUGUUCCCAAGAUGGUUGAAUUCCUGUCCUACAGUGAGCCUUUAGGCAUGGUUCUUGCUGUCCUCUCUGUUCUGAUCUCAGUGGUCCCCAAAUCAAUUCUAGGACUCUUCCUUUGGUACCGCCACACACCCAUUGUAAAAGCGAACAAUCGGCAGCUCAGUUAUGUGCUACUGUGUGCGCUCACUCUGUGCCCACUCUGCUCUUUUAUCUUCAUCGGUAAACCUUCAUCAGCAUCCUGUAUCCUGCGUCAGACCACUUUUGCCAUCAUAUUUGCCCUCAGUGUCUCCUGUGUACUGGCCAAAACAAUCAUGGUAAUAAUUGCCUUCAAAGCCUCUAAACCAGGCAGCAAUCUACACAGAUGGGUGGGCUCUCGGCUGCCCAAUACCAUUGCUUGUUUGGGCACCUUAAUACAGGCUGGCAUUUGUGCCUUAUGGCUUGGGUAUGCACCACCAUUCCCACAAAACAAUAUGAACUCCCAGGUUGGAAAAAUUAUUCUGGAGUGCAAUGAAGGAUCAUCCCUUGCAUUUUGGUGCAUGAUGGGAUACAUGGGUAUCCUUGCCGUUGUUAGUUUCGUAAUUGCAUUUCUGGCACGGAAGCUUCCAGACAGCUUCAAUGAGGCAAAAUUCAUUACAUUUAGCAUGUUGGUGUUUGUUAUUGUGUGGCUGUCCUUUAUUCCUUCCUAUCUCAGCACACGUGGCAAAUACACAGUUGCGGUAGAGAUAUUUGCCAUUCUUUCAUCAAGUGCCGGACUUCUGAGCUGCAUCUUCUUCCCCAAAUGCUAUAUAAUACUGCUGAAACCAGAGAGGAACACAAGAGAUUUCCUCAUGGGCAAAGGAACUUCAACCAACAACAAGUGACCCCUGUACAUCUUUAAUUCAUUAAGACGUACAACAAAAUGUCACAUUUUCCACAUCACUUUUCCCACAUAUACAAAGAU